GACUUUGGUGAAGUGUGUGACUAAACUGGAGAUUACGGAAAUAACUGCUUAGCAAGAAUCAAAUAAAUAAAGGAUUAAUAUCGAGUCGCAACCUGUGUAAGCCUGUACCACUGUCCACAAUGUCCAGGCAAUCCAACCGACCAACAGACAGCAAGAAGAUGAACUCUGAGCUGUUCACUCUGACUUACGGGGCCCUGGUCACCCAGCUUUGUAAAGACUACGAGAAUGACGAGGAAGUCAAUAAACAACUGGACAAGAUGGGUUAUAACAUCGGCGUGCGUCUGAUCGAGGACUUCCUGGCACGCUCCAGUAUCGGCAGGUGUCAGGAUUUCCGAGAAACAGCUGAUGUCAUUGCUAAGGUUGCAUUCAAGAUGUACCUGGGAGUCACCCCCAGUGUGACCAACUGGAGCCCGGCAGGGGAUGAAUUCUCCCUCAUCCUUGAGAACAACCCGUUGGUAGACUUUGUGGAGCUGCCGGAUAACCACAGCACGCUGAUCUACUCCAACCUGCUGUGUGGGGUCCUCAGAGGAGCCCUGGAAAUGGUCCAGAUGGCUGUGGAUGUGAGAUUUGCUCAGGACACUCUGCGGGGGGACAAUGUGACAGAAAUACGUAUGAAGUUUAUCAAGAGGAUCGAAGAAAAUCUCCCAGCAGGAGACGAGUGAAAAGAUCCAUCCCUCUGCUUCUUGUGUCUCUUUUGGGGAGGACUGAGUGAUACAAGGAACACCUUCACAUACGGACUGAAAGGAUGAAUGAGCUCAACACAUAAAAUUGAGUGGUAUAUCUCGAUCUCGAAAUUAUUUCUAGUAUCUUCGUCUCCUGUUUUUUUUCUAUCUGUGUUGUUAGGAGAAGAAGUGCUUGAAAUUAAACGAGACAAUUGAGAAUCCCAGAGAAAACACCGUACACUAUAGAAACACAACAAUGCAAGAUCAUAACAUGGCCCUGCUACUUUGAAUAUCUGAUGGGUAAAAAAAAUCCUUGGCACUGAUUUGUGGUCAGCUUUAAAUGACAGCUGUUGCUGUUCAGGAGAAGCCUCUGACCACUUAUCUGUCCCUCUGUCACCAUUCCUCGUGGACAGUCACCUUUUCUUCUUCAGACAUCUGUUCUGCUUCUCAAAAGAAUGAUGUCUUGUCAUUUGGCCAUGCAUAGAUUGCAUAGAUUUUUUGGGUGCAAGGCUGAAAAGCGUUACAUUGUGAUGUUUUUAUGUUUGUCUUGUUUGUUUUCCUUUUUUUUAAGAAAUCACACUCUAUAUUGCUGCCAAUUAUAUGGCAUGUUAAUUUAUGUAGAUGAGUAUGUUAAAUAAAAGCGGGAUAUUUAA